CUUGUGACUUUUGACCUGCAGUUUCCCUGCUGUAACGUCUCCACCUCUUAACCUUUCGCUAGGAGUAGGCGGGCGGAGCAGCGCCAUGCCCCCCAGUCUCAAGAACGGCUUCCAAUAGGCAUGGUGCUAGUGUUAUGGCCGUGUAUCUUGUCUCAGUGCGCCUCCCUACUGGAGAGGGCGUCUACCAUGGGGUGACUCUUGAGCCCUAUGUGCUAGUCAAGCGCGGCGAGGCGACGCUCAAUGCGGAGGACAUCCCCGAGGAGGGCGCUCCGGAGGGUCAGUUCCAGCUGCGUGCACGCUGGUACCGCAGCACUCUACCGCGUGGAGGAGCAGUGUGCAGUGUGCACCCGGACAAGGAGGCCAGCCUGCAGUGCGUAGUCUGCACGAAAUGCCGUGUGGCCACGCACCUGAGCUACCACUGCUCGGUGGAGUGCCUCAAAAGCCACUGGCACUUGCAUCGGGAGUACCACAAGCAGCCGCCCGCGAACGGAGGGACGCUGGAGAAUGGUGUUGACGCGUCAAAGACGGCACACGGCACCAGCACUAGCGGGCUGGAGAGCUGGAUUGAGGUGGGGCGCACCCGCGCGUACACCCCGACCUCUGACGACGUGGGCUAUGUGCUCAAGUUCGAGGUGACGGUGAUCGACAAGCUGCACCCCUACGCUGCGGACUUGGGCCGCACGCACACCCAGUCCGUGUGCACAGCGCGCGUGCGCCCUGCGCCCAACCCGCCCGUGCGGUCGAUGGUGCAGAUGGUGCCCCCCUCGCAGCAGUCGAACGCGGGCCGGUUCACUAUCCUCACCUACAACCUGCUGGCGGACCUGUACGCCAAGGCCGACUUCUCCAACUCGUGCCCGCCCUGGUGCCUGCACUGGCACUACCGGAAGCGGAACCUGCUACGGGAGCUGCUGGCGCACAAAGCCGACAUCCUGUGCCUGCAGGAGGUGCAGUCGGACCACUACGUGGACUUCUGGGCGCCGGAGCUGCAGCGCGCCGGGUACGUGGCCAUCUACAAGAAGAAGACCACGGAGAUCUACACCGACAACAAGUACGCCAUCGACGGCUGCGCGACGUUCUUCCGCCGCGACAGGUUCUCGCUGGUGAAGAAGUACGAGGUGGAGUUCAACAAGGCGGCGCUGAGCCUGGCGGAGGGCAUGACCAACCCGCAGCAGAAGAAGGCGGCGCUCAACCGCUUGCUCAAGGACAACGUGGCGCUCAUCGCGGUGCUGGAGGCCAUCGAGCCGGGGACGCCGGACGCCGGCAACCGCCGCACGCUCAUCUGCGUGGCCAACACGCACAUCCACGCCAACCCCGAGCUCAACGACGUCAAGAUCUGGCAGGUGCACACGCUGCUCAAGGGCCUGGAGAAGAUCGCGGCCAGCGCGGACAUCCCCAUGCUGGUGGCGGGCGACUUCAACAGCGUGCCCGGCAGCCCCGCGCACUGCCUGCUGGUCAAGGGCAAGAUUGACAGCAACAUGAUGGACUCCGCCAACGACCCGCUGCACCUGCUGAAGGACCAGAAGAUGUCUCACUCGCUGCCGCUGUCCUCGGCCGUGGCCUACCUGCACGACGCGCCGCUGUCGGCGGACGGGCGGCUGUACAAGCAGCGGCAGCGGCUGGACGCCAAGCACCACGAGCCGCUGUUCACCAACCUGACCAAGGACUUCAAGGGCACGCUGGACUACAUCUUCUACACCACCACCAGCCUGCAGCCCACGGCCAUCCUAGAGCUGCCCACGGAGGUGGACGUGGCGACGCGGCCAGACGACACGACCAACCUGUCGCUGCCCAACCAGCAGUACAGCUCCGACCACCUGGCCAUCAUGGCCGAGUUCCAGUACAAGACCCGCGAGUAGCCGGGCGGUGGUGCUGGGGCGGGCGCGGCCGGCGGUGGAGCUGCUGGAAGCAGCAGCGGCUGGGAGGAUCCCGGAGGCUGGCGCGCGCUGGGCGUGCAUGCGGGGUCAGGAGGCGCGGUAGGGCGCCGUGGUGGUGCUGCCGCCUGCGGGCGGCGGCGCACGAAGUUGGACGCAGGCGGCUGGAGGAAUCAGCAGCGGAAGCGGCUGGGCGGUGCAGCGGCGGCUGGCACGCUGGCUGGCGAAGCAGGAGGCGAUACAGGAGGCGUUCGGCUGGGCUGUACGGCUUGCGGCAGCCGGGUGCCGGGCGCGCCGAGCAGGCGCUGGCCCUCACGGCGGCAGGCAGCAGCCAGGCGCGGCAGGGCGCAACGCAGCGACAGCACUGUGCGGUGGCGGCAGCAGUAGUAGUAGCAGCAGCGCAGGCAGUGACAGACGUUGGAGCGGCGGCGGCAACACGAGCAGCAGCGAGUACCGCAUGCUGGCUGCGGAUGCGAUGCAUGGAUCAUGGCUGCAGGAGCCGGCAGCAGGCAGGGGCCCGCCCGACACGGCGGGCGGGUAGGGUGUUGGGAUCAUGAUAAGGAUUGCGCCCGAAACGGGGCAAGCUGUAGGACUCAGAGCAGAGGAGGCUGCGGGAACGCGGCCAGCAGCAGUGGCCGGCGAGGCCUUCCGCGGGCGACAGGCUGUGUGCCAACGCCCUCUGUGAAGCAUGGGCCGCCAUCCAGCAACCCAAUGGCGCGACAUGGACUUUGACGCUAGUACGGUACACGUGGUGCUAGUGUUGACCAGGACUGGCCGCAGACAGUUGGCCGCGGCUGAUGACGGGCAUUGCGGCAAUGUUUUGGGCCCGGUCGAGCAGUUGUUUGGUUUCUUUUUCCGUCAUCUUGGAUGCUAGGCGAUGUCGGCUGCAUUCAGAUACAGCGGGUGCAGCGGCGUACUGCGUACAUGGUGUUGCUGCUGAGCUGUGAGGGAGCGUGCCCUAAGCGUUUCAUCCGCGUUCCGCCGGCCACUUUGCACUAGCUGGCAGGAGCGCAGGUUGAGGCAAUAGCAGCAGACGUGCAACUGUCGAGACUUGACUGAUUUUGGGCGCUUUUACGCCCCUUGGAACAGAAGUUUGACGAUGAGGCGCUUAGGUCCGCUGGAUUGAUGUGGAGAUGGGAGUGCUAGGCCCUGGGCGGCGACCUGGAGCUCUAGGUUCCGUGGCAGAGUGGGCACCCUGGACAGGGUGCGCGGCCUGGCUGUCUUGCUGUGCAUCAGACCAUAUUCUUUCUUGCUGGGGCACAUGUCCCCGUGCUGUUAUCCUGCGAGGCUAUUUUCGCCGUGUCUUCCACUGCGUCGCA